AUUGUCAAUUUUUUUUCUGGAGCGACGGACGACCAAGAACCGCAGUCCAACUCUUCAACCGACGAACGGCCAGGUAAGAGGGAAGAGGGAGGACGAGCCCAGCCCCGCGACGGUCGCCUGCAAGGACAUCGGCGAGAGAGUUCCAGGCUGUCAAGGCUGUCAUUGAUGUCUUCAAGGGAAAGGCGCAAGAUGAUCGCUGCAAUUGGCACAUUUUGGAACCUUAUAGUAAUAUAUGGAAAAUGGUGGGACUUUCGCUGGGGGAGAAGCAUUUCAUUAAGGGGGGCAUCGAUCAGAACAUCCGUAGUGAUGGCCGGAAGAGAGACUAUUACAGGCCGAUUUUUGUCGAAACUGGUGUAAUUCCUCAGGCAAAUGGCUCUGCUCGUGUUCGAAUGGGGGCAACUGAAGUUAUUGCCAGUGUGAAGGCAGAGCUCGGAAAGCCAAGUGCUUUGCACCCUGACAAAGGCAAAGUCGCCAUAUUCGUUGAUUGUAGUGCUGUUGCUGAACCGACAUUCGAGGGAAGAGGGGGCGAGGAGUUAUCGGCUGAACUCUCUGUUGCCCUUGAGCGCUGCCUCUUAGGUGGCACAAGUGGGACAGGUGCAGGAAUCGAUUUGACUUCCUUGAUUGUAGCAGAAGGAAAGAUUUGUUGGGAUCUGUAUAUCGACAGCCUUGUCAUUAGUUCUGAUGGGAAUCUACUUGAUGCCUUAGGUGCUUCCAUUAAGGCCGCCUUGGCUAAUACCGCCAUCCCGAAAGUCAACAUCUCAGCUGCUGCAUCAGCAGAUGAACAGCCGGAGGUGGACAUAAGCGACGAAGAGUUUCUACAAUUUGAUACUUCUGCAGUCCCUGUAAUAAUCACGCUAACACAGGUAGGGAGGCACUAUAUUGUGGACGCAACAUCAGAGGAGGAAUCCCACAUGAGCUCUGCGGUUUCCAUUUCCGUCAAUCGUAAAGGGCACAUUUGCGGGUUGACCAAGCGAGGAGGUGAAGGCCUUGAUCCCAGCGUUGUUUCUGAUAUGAUUUCGGUUGCUCAACACUUGAGCGAACUGCUGAUGAGCAGAUUGGAUUCUGAAAUCUCAGCAGCAGAGGCCGAAAUUGGAGACGACGAAGAAUCGUGAUGCUGACGAUUACUGCAGGUCGGGCGUUUUUGUUGUAUUUGAAAAUGAGGGCUUUGGCUUUGGAGAAAAACAUUUGGAUUUUUAUGGAUUUAUUGAUUAUAGAUUUAAAGAGUUUAUUGUUUGCAACUUUGCUGAAAUUAUAUAUUUAUGAUGAAUUUGUUGCGAACAUUUAUUGCCAUGAUAGAUUUUCUGUCCUUCUACCAAAUUCCAACAUAUGUAGAGUACACUGUAUGAAUUUGAUAAAAAAAGAUUGAAUCUGUGGUCGGAUGUGACAUAAGGAUUGUG